UGAUUCCCGCCGCUGAAACCCAACGGUCAACUGCCGUUCGGCUAUCCGACGGAUACAUAGUACCCAAAACUGGAUACUCAAUAUUGCCUUUUAGGUAACUACGCUGGAUGCAGUCCACUCGAAUUCCAAUUUGUUGAUCAAGUCGCAGCUGUCGUCUUCAGUUUGAAUCGAUUCCGUCCACAGUGAAGAUGGGCCUGGCUGCCACCACAGUGAAGCAUGUGUUGCUGUUGCUCAAUUUUGUCUUUUCCGUGCUCGGCCUGGCGCUGAUCGGAUUCGGAAUUUUCUUUCUGAUCUCUGCCGCCGAGAAUGCAGUCAGCAUUGGUGAAAAUGUGGCUGGAGGUCUAAUCAUCGGCCUCGGCGUCGUCAUCCUCAUCAUUGCGAUCUUUGGCUGUCUGGCGGCUAUUCACGAAGCUCCGGUCCGGCUAUUGAUAUAUGUGGGUGCUGUGGUAUUGCUGAUCCUAUCCCAAUUGCUGUUCCUCAGCAUGGCCUCCCACGGCACCAAGGACGGCAUCUCGGGCAGCAUCAACGAGGGAUUCGAACGACUCUGGGAGGCGGAACGCAAUGAAUCCGGGGCCUUGGCCUACUAUGAGAACUGGCUACAGUGCUGCGGAGUGAACAGUCACGAGGACUACUGGAUCAUCCACCAUGCCAUUCCAUCGAGCUGUUGUCUGGAAAAAAAUUGUGCAGACAAGUCCAGAGUCUACGAAGCCGGUUGCAAGGCCAAGUUUGUGGAGUACCUCGACGACAAGUUGCUUGUCUUUAAAAUCGUGUGCUGGCUGCUUAUCGUAGGAGAGGUUGUUGGAGCUGUCUUUGGAUGGAUGCUUUACAGCAGUGUUAAGAAUCAGAGCCGACGUAAUAAUGCCGUUUGGAUGUAAAAUUAGUUUUAAGUCCUGGGACCAUUUUUAAAACCUGUUACUAAUAAGCCAAUUAAUUUAUGGUAAAUCUAACCUAAGCCAUAAUUGUCGAAAUUUUUAAUAACGUUUCGUAUGUGUAUUAAAAAAAAGGUACAAGUAA